GUCGGCAGUCCGCCAGUGAAACUGGCCGCGUAAACGUCGUGUCGGUGACCGAACGAUCGAUCGACGGCGAUCUAACUGGCAACGGUUCAGUGUGUGUCAGUUGUUUUGCGAAAUACUGUGCAAAACUGCAAGCUUUAGCAGUUUCUAGAACGUUUUAACUGACGUUGCCUGACUUCUUGCCAGAACAUCGUGUGAUAACGAGAUAUUGCCGUCAACGAGAUAGCGUUCUACCAUCUCUAAAAAUAGACAGAGAUUCCCGAACCACGAUCUACCACGCAUAAAGAGACAUUACAAGCCGGGGAAUUAAUUACCGAUAAAUUAACAUUGCUGAUAUUAUAUGAGUAUGGCGACACACGUAUUUCACGGUAUUCAGAGGCUGAGUCGAGUACUGGACGGAGGAAUAAGGGCACUGAACCCCACGUUAAGGCGUGCAUCGACCUCAUCUCAAACCCGAAUUGUGACGGGACCAAACAAUGAAAAAAUUAUCAUGCCUUCGGCUGGUGAAGCCAAAGAUAUCCCUGAAACCUUAAUUCACGAAUUUGUUUGGAGGGAUAGCGAGAAUUAUUCUAAUCAUAUUGCGUUGGAAUGUGGCGUAAGUGGCAAGAAAUACACAUUCGCGCAAGCCAAGGAUGCGACAAGUUAUAUCGGCAGAAGUUUGCGGAAUAUGGGUCUCAAAAAGGGCGACGUAGUGGCAUUAGUGGCGCCCAAUUUUCCGGACACAGUCUUAAGUUUCCUCGGAAACUCAUCAGCCGGACUUGUUACCACUACUGUAAAUCCGCUGUACACGUCUGAGGAGCUGCAGAGACAGAUGUUGAAAGCCCAUGCGAAAGCAGUCAUCACUUCGACCGCAAUUGCAUCCACAGUGCUCGCCGCAACAAGGGCAUGUCUUCCACGUGAAACUCCGGUUAUUGUGAUUGACGAUAAGAUUAGUUCUAUUCCAGAGGGUGUAAUACCAUUUGAUGAUCUUAUAACACGAGGCAAAUCAUUGCCACCUGUAAAUUCAGACAGAACUUUCGACGAUAUAGCGAUUUUACCAUUUUCGAGUGGCACAACUGGAUUACCAAAGGGUGUUAUGCUAACACAUCGCAAUCUAGUGUCUAAUAUAAUAAUGGUUGAUAGCACUAUCAGCAAUGUAUUCCAGCCUACUACAAGUACACAUCAAGAAGUAAUACCUGCAGUAUUACCAUUUUUCCAUAUUUAUGGAUUGAAUGGUUUGAUGAUUCCACGUCUUGCUUACGGCGGAAAGAUAGUCACCGUUCCAAAAUUUGCACCGGAGUUGUUCGUCAACGUAUUAGAAAAACACAAGGCGACCGCGCUGUUUGUCGUACCACCCAUAGUGCUAUUUCUAACGGCUUCCCCUCUUGUGAAGAAGCAUCAUUUCGAGCGCGUGCAUAUGAUGAUGAGCGGAGCUGCACCGCUCGCCAAAACGGACGUCGACAGAUUCUACGAAAAAUACGACAUUAACCCGAAUGUCUUGAAGUUCCAUCAGGGUUACGGAUUGACAGAAAGUUCACCAGUGGCGUUUAUUGAGCUUGGACAUAAGCAUUCUAGCAUCGGAGCUAAUGUGGCAAGCUGUCAAGCACGUCUGGUAGAUAUAACGACACAGCAAGACGUCAGUACUGCUGGUCAAACUGGCGAGCUGUGGAUCAAGGGUCCUCACAUUAUGAAAGGGUAUCUAGACGACGAAGUCUCUACAAAGAAUACGCUAACCGAGGAUGGAUGGCUGAAAACGGGUGAUAUCGCUUACUACGAUGAAGAUUUCCAUUUCUAUAUUACAGAUAGAUUAAAGGAACUUAUCAAAGUCAAGGGAUUCCAGGUUCCACCGGCGGAACUGGAAGCGUUGCUGCGGAUGCAUCCAGACGUGGAGGAAGCGGCAGUGAUUGGUAUUCCGCAUGCGAGGCAUGGUGAGGUACCGAAGGCAUUCGUAAUGGUGAGCAAGGGUAAGAAACCUACCGAGGACGACAUUAAGAACUUUGUGAAAGGGAAGGUCUCCGACUACAAGCAGCUGGAAGGUGGAGUCAUAUUUGUUGAUGACAUUCCGAAGAAUGCAAGCGGAAAAAUUCUAAGAUCAAAGUUGAAGGAAACUUACAAGCAUUAAUUUUAUCAAAAUUAUAUCUUUUUAGUAAGAAAAGUUUUUAAAUAAGAUCAAUGUUUUUAAAAGACUUGCACGACCUGUUUAAACAAAUAAAAUAGAUGGAAUGUAAUUUAGCGAGUAUGCGUAUCACAAUGUACAUGUGUACAGUGGUUUGCGUAAAGAGGUUGCAAAUUUUAGAUACUGAUAUGUAUAUGUAUAUAAUUUAUCUACAGUUCAUCAGAAAUGAAAUAUUAAAAGACACUGCUUUGUA